AUGACCGGUGGCAUCAUCCUCCUCAACGGCAUGGCGAUUAGCUGGAGCGCCAGGAAACAAGGCGGCGUGUCCCUCUCGACAAUGGAAGCCGAGUUCGUGGCGGCGUCAGAGAUUGCUCGUGAACUGUUGGGCGUGCGCGAGAUCCUUUGCGAGAUCAGAAUGGCGCUAGAGCUACCGAUGUUGAUGCACGUCGACAACCAAGCGGCGAUUCGACAGCUCGAGGGUGAGGCGUCGUCACUCAAGGCAAAUCACAUUGACGUGCGAGUCAAGUUUGUCUGCGACUUUGCUCGGUGCAGAAUCGUGCGCGCGCAGUAUGUGAGAUCAUAG